UGUGUGAAUCAUCACACUAAACCUAGUAGGCUGCACUGUUAUCAAUACCGUCUCAAAGAUGACGUACGAUCUGUCGCUCCCCAAGUUGGUGGAUUUGGCCAUCGGAACUCCCGAGGUUGGUACCCUGGACCUCACGGCACUGCACAGUCUGCUACACAUCAUCGUUCGCAAGUUGGGAUGUCAAAAAACGCAAGUACAACUGCUGCCCGACCACAAAGAACGGAUCGAUUGGUUGAUUGAAUCGCUGGAUGAAAACCCAUCACUAAGCGUAACGGUUGAACAACAAGAUGGCGGCGAUGAGGUAUUCCAAGUGAUGAAAUAUGUGAACAUACCUGAGCAAGUCGAACAACGUUCUGAAAGUAUUUCCAAUAGCUCUGAGGUGCAGGACUUCUCGGAACGAUUGUCGAAUCUGGAGAGUGUUGUAUCCAUUUUGCCAAGUCCUGAAGAGUUGGAGCGUUACCAGUCCAGCCGUGAAUCACUAAAGCCAGAAGAAUCAGUGGACUUUCUCAACAUGGCCGCCAGAUUGGAUACCAUUGAAGUCAGCUUGGGCAAAUUGACGGCGUUGGCCAACGAUCUGCUACUGGAAUUCGCUCGCAUGGAGAAAAUGGUGCUUCCCUAUUUGGAAGGUGGUGAUAUAGCCGUUUUGAAGACUCAAAUAGAUAACAUAAACUAUCUGUUGACGACCCAGUUUCCGGGCUUCUGCUCCCGGCGGCCAUCGGACCCUCAACGGGCAUCAAAGCGAUUGACGAUCAAUGCACUUCCUGAGGAUUUCUACACCAGAGGAAUACCAACGAUAGCUCAACUUCCUUCAACCAGCACGAAACGGGCCAGCUCUCGAUUACAAUCUAUUGCACCAUCCGAUCAUCUCGAAAAAGAAGUCGAAUGUAUCAAAAGUGUUCUGAACGGUUUGAUCGGGAUGCUACCUCUUCCCGACGCUUCCGGAAGCGAACUGGUUCUAACCAAUUCGGAGGUAUCAUGCGAAGAAUCCCAAUCCACCAUGAGACCUAACUUCCAUCAAAAGGCGGCCAGUGCCAUCAUCAAUCUACGGUCGGUACAAAAGGAAAUUGACGAGAUAUUUCUAGAAAAGGAAGAACGUUUGGUUGCUCUCGAAACAGCACAUAAAGAAGUUCUUGAUCUGGGUACCAAGUUGCAGGAGACUAUCGAUGCGAUCGGAGAACAAUUUGAAGCUUUGAGAAACAAAUUGGACCUGCUAAAAGAGGAACUUGCCAUGAACAUAGAGGAUCGCCACAAAAUUCUACAGGAUCAACUCGACAAGCUUUCUCAAGAUGUUCAUUAUCUCAAUACUGACACUGUAGGACGUGUUAUCCAGUUGGAGAUGCAAAUCGAAGAUCGCCCGGACUUUGCUCUAUUCAGAACUCGUGUAUCACUGGAACAAUUUGAAACCCAAUUAGCCAUUAUCAAACAGUCCAUAGAAGAUUGCAAACUUGAAUUUGACCGAAACGAUUUACUACAACGAAUUGACUCUUUGGUAUUGAAACUUUGUGAAAAAGUGGACCGCAAGGAGUUAUCCACGUUGGAGACAAAAACCAAUAAGAAGCUGUCUCUCCUACAAUUGCGAUUGAAUAAAUUCCUAGCCCUCCAAGAAAGCAUCGAAGCUGCGGGAACGAAACUCAAACUCUCCGGCAACUUCACGUGUAUUUCCUGUGACCAUGAAGCCACCACCAAAGCGCUGGCGGAUCUUGUUCCUCAAAGUAAGGCCAUCCGAGCGAAGUUUUCCUACCCCUACGAACUGGACGCUGGUUACGAGACGCGGAAGAAGCGUUACUGUGCGGGGCUGUACACGGUGGCGCGGAAACCCAGGAAAAUAAAUGCGCAGCGACUGUGUCAGUCAUUGAAGGUAGACGAUCCUUCCAAGCUGCUGAACAUGGGGCUUCAUAUUGUGUCGCCGGAGAAUCCAACGUACAAAAUCCACUUGUAAAUUGCUCAGUUUUUUGUUGGUUAAAAAUAUAUGUUUAAAUGCAGAAUACAAAAAAAAUCAUCUACUUCCUUUUUCGAUGAUAAAUUCUUGUUUUUUCAAACUUUCGCCAAUGG